AAUCCAGGAGGCGAGUGUUUCUCUCUCUGCCGACUUUACCCCAGAAGAGGACUUUACCUGGGAGGACAUAUAACAACAGCUCCUAGGGCAAUCAGCGAGAGCGAAGGAGGUAGAACUUUUGGCUAUUGCUCCGAGAUUUUUACAUUUUUUUUAAAUUUUUUUUUUUUAACCAGAUCUCCAUAACCUUGGGAGUCAGAGCCGCUCAUUGUGAGAGAGGAUGGGACCGCUACUCCUUGCCAUUGCCCUGUGCCUGAGCGCCGCUGUCCCGCAGCAUGUGAGAGCAGCAGAUGGUGAGGAACCAACUUCAGCAGGUCCUUGCCAUCCAAACCCUUGCCACAACAGAGGAACGUGUGAGAUAAGUGAGACCUACAGGGGCGACACCUUCAUUGGUUACGUCUGCAAGUGUCCACCAGGCUUCAGUGGAGUUCACUGCCAACACAAUAUUAACGAAUGUGAAAGGGACCCGUGCAAGAAUGGGGGCAUUUGCACAGAUCUGGUUGCCAACUAUUCCUGCGAAUGCCCGGGGGAGUACAUGGGGAGGAACUGUCAAUACAAAUGCUCCGGAGCCCUGGGCAUGGAGGGCGGUAUAAUCUCCAACCAACAGAUAACAGCCUCUUCCACCCACCGCGCUCUCUUCGGCUUGCAGAAGUGGUACCCCUACUUUGCACGCCUCAACAAGAAGGGCCUGGUCAAUGCCUGGACUGCUGCCGAAAAUGACAGAUGGCCAUGGAUCCAGAUAAACCUGCAGAGGAGAAUGAGGGUCACAGGCCUCAUUACCCAGGGUGCAAAGCGUAUCGGCAGCCCAGAGUACGUCAAGUCUUACAAAGUAGCCUACAGUGAUGACGGGAAGACCUGGAGAACAUACAAAGUCAAGGGAAAAGAUGAGGAUAUGGUGGACUUGCUUGUGCCAACCAAGGUCACAGGUAUCAUCACCCAGGGAGCUAAAGACUUCGGCCAUGUCCAGUUUGUUGGCUCAUACAAAGUUGCUUACAGUAAUGAUGGAGAGCGGUGGAAUGUAUAUCAAGACGAGAAACAAGGGAAGGACAAGGUGUUCCAGGGAAACUUUGACAACGACACACACAGAAAGAACGUGAUAGACCCACCCAUCUACGCCCGGCUCAUCCGGAUCCUUCCAUGGUCAUGGUACGGCAGGAUCACUUUGCGUGCAGAAAUACUCGGAUGCACAGAGGAAGAGUGAAGUACUUUCCUCCAUCUUUCUUGCCAUCAUCCCUUGUCCCUUGGCGUACUGGAGUAUCUCACCCAGUGUUUUAAAGAUAAACUGUGCAACCUGUAAAAAGAAAUCAAUUUCCAACGGAUUUUUCAAGAAUAAGUGUUUGAUUGUGGUGGGUUGCUGUUUAUUCUUUUGUACAGUGAUUUAAAACCUGCCCCUGAUCCACUUUUGUCUUUUAGUUUUCCUGUUUAAAGCGUGAUCUUUGUCUUUUUAUUCUGCAAGAUUUGCCAUCCUGUUUGGAAUGAAC